GCAUCCGGUCUGAAUGACGACGCCGCGGAUACAAAAAAGAGAAAGGGAAAAUUGGAGAAUGGCUAGUUAGCUAAGAACAGCGGAAAACUAUUUACAUUUUACUCUUUAGAUAUUUUAUGAAUCCUAUAUCAGUAUUUUUGAUUACCGAUGUGAAGUAACUUCGCUAUGUUAGCUAGCCAACGGAAGAGGUGAUAUUUGACAACAUAUAGCUAGCUGUUUAUUUACGGUAGCAUUAACCUAACGUUAGCUAGUAUUAGCUCACAGGCUUGAUAACGUUAACUAGAUACCAGGGAAAUAGACACAUUGCCUAAUGCACAUUAGCUAGGUGACUAGUUAUUUCACUGUUUUAUAUUUGUGGAUUUUUUUGUAUUGGGUGAGAAUGGCAACAUCUGCCCUGUACGCGUGUACGAAGUGUAAUCAGCGGUAUCCGUUCGAAGAACUGUCGCAGGGACAGCAACUGUGCAAGGAGUGUCGCAUUGCUCAUCCCAUUGUGAAGUGUACGUAUUGCAGAUCAGAGUUUCAGCAGGAAAGCAAAACAAACACCAUUUGCAAGAAGUGUGCCCAGAAUGUAAAGCAGUUUGGAACGCCUAAACCAUGCCAGUACUGUAACAUCAUCGCUGCUUUUAUUGGAACAAAGUGUCAACGUUGUACCAACUCAGAGAAGAAGUAUGGCCCUCCGCAGACCUGUGAGCAGUGCAAACAACAGUGUGCAUUUGAUCGCAAGGAGGAAGGCAGGAGAAAGGUGGAUGGAAAGCUGCUUUGCUGGCUGUGCACUCUGUCCUACCGCCGUGUGCUGCAGAAGACCAAGGAGCAGAGAAAAGGGUUCAGCUCCUCUCACUCCAACUCAUCCUCGCUCAACGAGAAAGACCACCACUCCAGACAGCACCACCAUCAACACCACCAGCAGCACAGACACAGCAGCUCACACAAACUCAGUGGUAGCCUAAGUCCAGAGCAGGAGCAGGGACUGUGGAAGCAGAGCCAUAAAUCGUCUUCGAUCCAGAAGGAGACCCCAAAGAAGAAACCAAAAUUGGAGAUGAAGCCAUCCAAUGGGGACAGGUACAAGAGGAGUUUCAAUUAUGUCAGUUCUAUCACCCAAUCUAUGGAUUCUGGGGGAACCGACAACUUCAUACUGAUCAGCCAGCUGAAAGAGGAAGUGAUGUCAUUAAAGAGAAUGCUUCAGCAGAGGGAUCAAACUAUUCUGGAAAAAGACCGAAAGCUCACCGAGCUUAAAGCAGACUUCCAGUAUCAGGAAUCCAACAUGAGGGUAAAGAUGAACAACAUGGAGAAGGCACACAAAGAGUCCAUGGAACAGCAACAGGCCAAAAACCGGGAGCUGAUGAAACAAGUGGCCGCCCUCUCAAAGGGAAAGAAGUUUGACAGGACAGGGAGUUCACUGCUCUUACCGUAACGACAAGCCCCAUCCAAACCUGGCUUGGAGUGGCUUCAUUGUUUUAACACUGUGAAAGCCUUGCGCCAUUCUACUUUUCCCUCCCUCCUGUAUGGGUUUUCGCAAUCAUUUUGAUCAGUUCAUUUUGUUCUCAGCUUGAAAACUCAAAGCUGUACAUGAAAAUCGUCAUGUUGACAAGACCGUGAGGAUACAUCCUUCAGAGGUCAACACCGUAUACAUGUUUUAACCUAGAGUUUUAGGGUGGGUUGCACCAAAAUGGAUUCCAUUGGUUUUAGAUCAGGCCUAAUCUAGAUUUUAAAUCUAGGUUUAUAAUUUAUCCUGGAUGUGUUCUACAUCCCCACUUAGUUUUAAACCUGCCAUGAGUUAAAAUAAGAUUAAAUCACUGAACUAUCAUUAGUCACAGGUCAUUGUGGAUUCACCAUAGAAAUGUUAUUUUGUAUUUCUCUGGAAACCAGUCUGCUCUGAUUAUGGCUAGCUAGCAACGUGAGUUCAGGAAAUAAUUGCACACUUAGUUUAAUUGCUUAUCUAGUUCAGUUGUACAGACACGAUAAGACAGGAGCCACAUAUUUCAUGCAUUUAAAUGUUUUACAGUUCUAAACUGAAUCCAUACGCUAAAUGUGGUUUUAAUUACAAAAAAAACUCCAUCUUUGGCUGAAGGAUUACAUUUUAACUAGAAUUGAUUAAAAGUAGGUUGAAAGGUUGAUGUAACGAUUGAUCAAUAAGUCAAUACACCUUUUAACCCGGUUUAAAUAUAAUCUGUUGAUGCAACUCGCCCAUACUCUGCCACUGGAUAGAAUGUGACCACAGAUGGAGGGAGAAGAGGGGAGAUGUCCUCGUUAACACUGCCUGGGUCCAGUAGCAUGGUUUGACACGGUGGAUACCAUUUCGUUAACAUCAGAUUCCACUUUGGUUGUAUGGAUAUCAUGCAAUUUUAUUUAUUCAAAAGUACCUAGCUUUUUUUUUUUCCUUCUCCUUACCACAUACUCAGAGCAUUUCCCAAGUUUGGGGGAAUUUUUUUUUUUCUUGAACAGCAAUUUUCUCGUAACAUAUUAGUUAUAUUUUUCUAAAUGGACAUGAUUAUGGAAGAGGAACUUUUCUCCUUGUUGGAGGACCCUUUUCAACUUUAUUAUGUAUGCAAAUGUCGAAAGGAUGACCGACCACAGCGUUGCUGGCCAGUAACUGACACUUCUCUUGACAUCAAAGUCCAAAAACCAUGAACUGUUGGAGAGAUUUUUUAACGGUGUUUUUUAGAGACACUUCCCAGCGGCCCUCUGUCUCACUGUGUGACGGCUGUAGUGCUUCUCUGUUUCUCUGUAGUGGAACGAUUGUAAUACUGCAUGACUUACUGCCAUAUACAGAUUGGCAUUGUGGUCUCAUGUACUGUAAUGUACUUUUAGACUUUUUCCUUUUAAUAAUAAUUAAAAAAAAAAAAUCAUGUAAAGGUAUUACAGGGGUCAGCCUAUGUAUUUAAAAUGUGUAACUUGUAUCAGUUUUAGUGAGUAUGUGUAUGGUAAGGCUGGUUAAUUAUAAAUACAUGUAGAAUACGCUUUUUAAAUGAACACACCUUUCACUUUACAGCUCUGAGGACCAAACUGAGCUGGUUUCAUACUGUGGCGUACAGAUCACUUUUGUACUUUUUUCCAAACCCAAUGUUUCAAAUAUAUUAAAUCUGGUUAAACAUGU